AUGCGGAUGCCUGCAGCUCCUUUGGCAGCCACUGUUGAAGUCGCAUCGUUGGACACCACAUCGUCGCUGGAGGACGAGCUCAACAACGCGGCGGACCUGGCACAGGAGCAGCAGCAGCAGCAGCAGCAAACAGAGCAGCAACAGCAGCCGCAGCAGCAACAGCAACAGCAGCAGCUGGAGGGCAUGCGCCUGCGCAUCGGCGCGUGCUGCCUGCCACACCCAGACAAGCACCACUACGGCGGCGAGGACGCGUUCUUCGUCAGCGCUGCCGGCGGCGGCGCGCUCGGCGUCGCCGACGGCGUCGGCGGCUGGGCCGAGAGCGGCAUCAACCCCGCGCAGUACUCGCGCACGCUGAUGCGCGUCGCGUGUGCCUACAUAGAGGGUGCCGAGGGCGAGGAGCUCGCGCGCGCCGCGGCGGACGGCGCGACGGCGACGGGCGCGGACAACUCGCUCGGCAUGUCGGGCGGCUUCGGGGGCGCCGCCGCGGACGGCCCCGGGUAUGCAUAUGCGUUCGGCGAGGCCGUCGUCGCGGCGGGCGGCGUCAGCGGCACGGCCCGGAGGUUUGUGGACCCGCGCGCGGCGCUGGACGCGGCGCACAGGCGCACGCGGUGCGCGGGGUCGGCCACCGCGGUGGUGCUGCAGCUCGACGGCGCCAAGCGCCGGCUGGUCGCGGCCAACCUGGGCGACAGUGGCUUCUUGGUGGCGCGCGGCGGCGCCAUCAUUACGCGGUCGCGCCCGCUGCAGCAUUUCUUCGACUGCCCGUUGCAACUGGGCGCCUACCCCGAGUUCGUGGACUGCACCGACACGGCUGCCCAGGCCGAGGUGUAUGAGGUGCCCCUCCAGGCCGGUGACGUCAUCGUUGCGGGCAGCGACGGCCUGUGGGACAAUGCCUACGAACACGAAAUCCUGGGGCAGCUGCCCACCAGCGCCGACGGCGCCCAGUCGGCGGCAGAGGCCAUCGCCGCCCUGGCGCGCGUGCACGCGAGCGACCCCGAGUUCGCGUCGCCCUACACCCGCGAGGCGCGGCAGCAGGGCUACGACCUGUCCUGGCUGGACAAGCUCAAGGGCAUCCAGUUCAAGGACGGCAAGCUGGAGCUCGCCACCUUGAGGGGAGGGAAACAAGAUGACAUCACGGUUUUGGUCUCGGUUGUCGAGGACCCCCCUGCUUGGGCGUGA